GAGCCAGCAGAGCUCCGGGAGCCGGGAGGCUGGCGCGGGUUGGGCCGUCCGGUCUGGGGAGCCAGCGUUUUUCGGCCGCAGAAGUCGGUACGAAAGCCUGCUGUCUGUGUCAUACUUCUGUUGGAGGAUGGAGGGGAUGGAAGGUGUCCAUUGAAUUGAGAUGAUACCUUAAGACUGAAAAACAAGCUGUGCCUGUCGAAGUUCCUGGGAUCUUAAGCAUACCACAGCAGCAACCCAAACCACUGCAGUGACAAUGCCAGAUCCUUAAUCUGCUGUGCCACAAGAGAACUCCCGAGGACAUUUUCUUGCAAAGAAACCAAGAGCCUUCACAGUGUGUGCUGGGCUUACAGCCUGUCUCUUGCCAGUUACAUCUGAUGUCCCAGCAAAUGGCAUUGUCUCCAGCAGUGCUGAGAAGAUAAUCCUGAGGAUCCAGCAGUGAUAUAUACAGCUAAUGCAGACUGGGUUGCACUCUGCUGGGUAGACCUUGAACAGGAGUGAUGCCUCCAGGCAGGUGGUAUGCUGUCCAUCCAGCUCAGGCCAAGGCUUCAAGGGAGCGAGGACGCCUUCAGAUGGUAAAGAAGGAAGAAGAGGAUGAAGACUACACUUCAGUGCCGGCUACCAGGCCGCAGACACUUAAUCGUCCUGGCCAGGAGCUGUUCCGCCAGCUCUUCAGGCAGCUUCGCUACCAUGAGUCUUCUGGGCCCCUAGAGACUCUGAGCCGGCUCCGAGAGCUCUGCCGCUGGUGGCUGAGGCCAGACGUUCUCUCGAAGGCCCAGAUCCUAGAGCUCCUGGUGCUGGAGCAGUUCUUGAGCAUCCUGCCAGGGGAACUCCGGACCUGGGUGCAGCUGCAUCAUCCUGAGAGUGGUGGGGAGGCUGUGGCCUUGCUGGAAGAGCUACAGAGGGACUUCGAUGGGUCACCGUGGAGGGACCCGGCCCCUGCCCAGAGCCCAGAUGUGCAUUGGAUGGGCACAGGUGCCCUGCAAGCCACACAGAUAUGGCCCCCUGCUUCACCUCUCAGGAGCGGCUCGGCUCUGGGGGACCACCUGCAGCCUCCCUGUGAAAUAGGAGUGCGUGACUUCCUGGCUGGGCAACCCGAUUCUCCUGCCGCACAGGUGCCUACCCUUUCCCAGAGAGAAGGAUGCCCAGGAGACCAGGUGACAGCCCAGCCUCAGGAGGCUUUGACAUUCAAGGAUGUGGAGGUGACUUUCUCCCAGGAUGAGUGGGGGUGGCUGGACGCUUCUCAGAGGAACCUGUACAGGGAUGUGAUGCUUGAGAACUACGGGAACAUAGCCUCUCUGAUGGGGCCAUUCACCAAACCUGCCCUGAUCUCCUGGUUAGAGACAAGGGAGCCGUGGGUCCUGAAUGUUCAGGGAGCUCAGCCUGAGGGGAAUCCAGGUGCUGACGUUGCAGGAGGGGAGCUCCAUAUGAAAACCAAAAAGUUCAACUUAAAACAUGAACCUUUGAAAGAAGCAGUCACCUUAGCCAUUCCAUCAGGGUGUCAUGGUUCAGCGAACAUUUCUAAGGAAACAGGGCUCAGAGAACCUUCUGAACAGAAGAGCAGAUUAAAGGAGCCAUGUGGAAACCCUGUACAAGUGAAAGUUGAGAAAGAAGAGACUGAUUCCAGCCAUGGGACAGGAAAAGACUGUGAAGACUCGGGAAGGAGCAAUAGUCUUCAUCUAAAACAUACUAUGUAUUUGAGAGGGCCCAGAAGAAAACAGUCCCUCAAACAUGGCUGUGGCAGACACUUCAGAGGGAGUUCAUACCACUGUGAGUACAAGGAGUAUGGAAAAGGGCUCAGAUGCUUGCUUGGCGGGUUCAGUCUGCAUCAGAGGAUUCACGCUGGCCUGAAAGGGAAACCAAAGGAUGCUCAUGGGAAGGACUUCAGCCUCAGCUCUCAUCACCAACAUGCGCAGAAUCGUCAUGUGGUGGGGAUGUCCUAUAAGUGUGGUGACUGUGGGAGGACCUUCAGUCACAGCUCCCAUCUUACAUGUCAUCAGAGACUUCACACUCAAGAGAAACCAUUUAAAUGUAGGGCGUGUGGGAAAGCCUUCAGGUGGAGUUCGAACCGUGCGCGACAUGAGAAAAUUCACACUGGAUUGAAGCCUUAUAAAUGCAAUUUAUGUGACAAAGCUUUCCGACGCAUGUCUGCCUACCGUCUGCAUCAGGAAACUCAUGCUAAGCAGAAAUGUCUUGAAUCUAAUCAGUAUGAAGAAGCUCUCUCCUGUGGCUCAGAGUUUGAGCGUCAUUUGGGAGACCAAACUGGGGAGAAACUCUUUGACUGCAGCCAGUGCAGAAAAUCCUUCCACUGUAAAUCAUAUAUUCUUGAACAUCAAAGGAUUCACACCCAGGAGAAGCCCUAUAAGUGCACCAAAUGUAGGAAAACAUUUAGGUGGCGGUCCAACUUCACUCGUCACAUGAGACUGCACCAGGAAGAGACGUUCUAUGAUCAAGACGAGUGUAGAGAAGACUUCAGGCAGACCCCCAACGACAGUCAGCCUCAGAGGGCCCCCACUGUGGAGAACUCUUUUUCGUGUCAGCAGUGUGGGAAAACUUUUACUCAAAAGAAAUCUCUCAUUGAUCAUCAGAGAAGUCACUCAGGUGAAAAAUCAUACUGGUGCAGUGAAUGUGCAAAAGAGUUUACUCACAGGUCCACCUUUGUUGUUCAUAAGAAGCAGCACACCUUUAAAAGAGAACCUGAGGAUGCGCCACCGUUGAGUCAGGACAGAGCAUUCCAAGUCCCCCAGAGCAGUCACACUACAGAGGAACCCUGCACAUGCAGCCAGUGUGGAAGAGCCUUCCGGAACCACUCAAUUCUCCUCAUCCAUCAGAGAGUUCACACCAGAGAGAAGCCGUAUAAGUGCAUGGAGUGUGGGAAGUCUUUCCGUUGGAGUUCGAACCUCUCCCAACACCAGAGGGUUCACUCUUUGGAAAAACCAUAUAUGUACCGUGAAAGGGAAGACCCUCCAAAUCUGCAGUCACAGAUCCUCACUGGUGAGAAACCUUUCUGGUGCCAAGAAUGUGGGAAAACCUUUACACGUAAAAGAAGCCUUAUAGAUCACAAGGGGAUACACAGUGGAGAGAAGCGCUAUAAAUGUAACCUGUGUGGGAAAUCUUAUGACAGAAAUCACCGCCUUGUUAAUCAUCAGAGAAUCCACACGAAGGAGAGACCUUUUAAAUGUCAGUGGUGUGGGAAAGAUUUCAUUGGAAGACACACCCUCUGUGUUCAUCAGAGAAAACACACCUCAGUGGCCCAGUCUGAAUGCAGUGUGGCUGGGCUGUCUUCCCGCCAGGAUUCAAGGGUGAGUUUGCAGGAAUUAAAACCAAGGGAGGAGAAGCCCCUUGAAGACUGUAAGGAAGCUUGUGAUCAGAGGUCUGGGCUCACUGGACUUGAGGACGUCCCCAUUGGGGGAAAGUGCCACAAAUGUAGCACGUGUGGGAAAACUUUUAACAAGAGCUCACAACUCAUUAGCCACAAGAGAUUUCAUACUCGAGAGAGGCCCUUCAAAUGCAGAGAGUGUGGGAAGACCUUCAGGUGGUCUUCAAAUCUGGCUCGGCAUAUGAAAAGCCAUGUUAGAGAUUAGCUUGGGGCCAGACAACAGCGGGUGGAGGGUGGGGAGAGUAUCCUUGAUGGUAGGCAGCUUGGUGCACACCUUCACAAAGGACCCAGCCCUUUCUAUUUUGGAAGGUAGUGGCAGAGAAUACUGAGGAUUCAAAAACUCGAGGCAUUCCCAUCCUUCAGCUGGAAAAUUAGAUGCUGGCGAAGAGCAGCCAGCCAUGUUCCAGAAGGAGAUUUGGCUCCCUCGGAGUGUCCUUUGUGCAGUGACCUGGAGCUCCCCCAACCAGAUCUCCUCCUUCGACUCUAAAGGGAGAGACCAUUGCCCUUUGUGGUUUGACAGAAUAUCUGUGGUGUGAUGGGCUGUGGCUGCUGGGAACGGGCCAAUUGGAUCCUAAGUUUCCCUUUGAGUUUGGCCUGUGAUGGUGCCUGUUCUGUUGAACCUUAAAAGCACCACCAGCAGCAAGAACUCCUGGUCUUCCUAGAUGCCUCCUGAGGAGUUCUGCCUGUGGCUGCAGCCUUCACAGUUGGCUUUGGCUACUUGUCAUGGGCAUAGAGCUGUCUUAGCUGUGAGCGGCAGAGAAAAGGAUGCCCAGCUUGAUUACCUGGAGAGUGGAACUCCGUCACUGCCCCAUUGUCAUCUACACCCCACAGUUCUACACAGAAAUCUGCCAAGCUCUUCCCUUAUGCCAGGCAUUGUCCUCUGUGCCAGAGACCCAGCAGUGACCAGAACAGAAAAGCCUGCCAUCUUGGACCUUAACCAACAAUAAACAAAUGAAAUACAUGUAGUAUUUUGGCUGGUGACAUGUGUUAUGGACAAAUGAAUAAUGAAUCAGAAUGGAGUGAGAGGGAGUGCUGGAUUGGGAGGUGGGUUGAGAAUUUAAAUAGGCUGGUCAGGGAGGGCCUCAGCUGAAGAGGUGAGAUUUGAACAAAGACCUCAAGGUGAUGAUGGAGUGAGUCCUAUUGGUCUCUAGAUCCCACACAGGACCCUUCACAGGAGGGAGGGUCUUAGCUGGUUUCCUUAAGGAAUGGCAGGUAGGCCCUUGAGCUGGAGUGGAAUGAGCUGGCUGGAAGUGAGGGGUCCAGAAAGGUGGUAGGCUCAGCCGUGUGAGCAUUAUGGGUCCUCGCUGGGCUCCACUGCCUCAAAGGGAGGUAGAGAGCAUUUGGACAGUUUUGAGUUGAGUAUUGUGAUCUGAAUCUGAACCCUUAUAAAAUGUAAUUAAGAUUCAGAGUCUCACAUGUUGAGGCCCUAGGAUAAUGGGAAUGGCCUUGGAGUCAUCAGCUCUGCGUUCAAAGCUUCGUGUGUCUUUUCUUGGCAAGAUGAUCCUGAACAAGUCACUGAACAUCAGCAUCUGUUUCCUUGUGUAUAAAAUUAGAGUAACUGGCUGUACUACUUGACUCUUAGGAUUGGUGACAAGACUUGGUUUACUAAGGCUCUGGGUUAGGUGUCUGAUCUCUAGGACCUAAGCCCUCACAGAUCUGUAGCUCCUAUGUCAGUUGACACUACCACCACAGAAACAACCCUUUUCUGUCCAUAUUUUCAUCUCCCUAUUCCUUGUGCCACCUGGUACUUUGUAGAGUUCCUGCCCCAGUAAGGGUGUUUUUUACUUCCAUUUUUAUAAAAUGAUAUAUAUUUAUUUUUAAACAUUUAAGUCAAAUUUAAAAUGUAUAAAGAUUGAAGUAAAAAUCAACAGAAAACCCUCUACACUGAGGUGAGCCUUUAAUAUUUUGGGAUUGUACUGAUGCAGUCUGUUCAGUAACAGACUGAGUUUUUAAUUAUGUAUAUGUGAUUAUUAUAGAAAUAUUAGUAAAUACAGAUUAGCUAGAAGGAAAAGUCUGACUACUUGGAGCUAACUACUAAACGCUUUGGUGUAAUCAGUGCUGAAUUUAACUUCAUUGCCCCUGGACUGGCUUGCCUUGUGCUGUCUCUCUUCACCCAGAAUGCCACAACCCUGUCCAGGUCCUUACUCUUUAAGGUUCAGCCUUCCUUGACCCUUGUCCCUCUAAGCCCUCUCCCCUGGCCACACCUCUCCUGGUGCCUGUUUAUUGCUCUGUUAGGUGUUGCAGGGUUUCCAAAAGUUAUGUCCACCACUGCAGCCAGACUGAGUCCUCUGGAUGCCAGGUUUGGUGCUUAUUUGUCCUUUUGCUGGGCAGGGUAGAUUUUGCACAGUUUCCUCUCUUAAGGAAGGUAGAACUGAACUUCGUUUGGCUAAAUCAGGAUUAGAGGUUUUUGAAGGGGUCCUUGAGUGAAAUGUUGACUGGGGACCACCCACAAGUACACUUGCUCCUUGGGAGCCCAGCCAUUGGUGGUUCUAAGCAUUGGGCACCCAGUUUCUGAUGACCCCAGCCACCUUGCUCAUCUCGUACCCCAGGCUGACCUGGAGAGCAUAGCCCUUCUUCCAACACUGCCUCACCUUCUCUCCACUCCCUGGGGGGAACUGAAGUUAAGGCUGGCAGGAGCAAUGUGGGCUGGGACUCUGGAGAGGAGUGGAUAUCAGGAGGUCAUAAUAGGCAGAUGUUCACUGUGGUUGGUCUCACUUUGCUAACACAGACUGUCAGCCCAGACAGGCUUGUGCAGAGAAGCAAGCACAGGAAAUGUAAAUUCAUAUGGACCAUCUCACACCCAUGAAGUUGGCAAAAGCCCUCCUGUGGGUGAGUGUAUGAAACAUAGAAACUCAAUACUGUGGGAGUAGAAAUUGUGACAACUACUGUGCCAAGCAUUUUGCAAAAUCUUUUGAAGUUGUGUAUACUCUGAUCCAGCAGUUCUACUCCUGGAUAAACCCUAGAAUAACUCCAUGUGAAGAAGGAAAUGUGUAUAUGACUGUUCAUUGCAGUACUGUGUAGAUAGAAAGACUGGCAAAAGCCUAAAUUUCCAUCAACAGAAGCACAGGUAAAUGGGUUGUUUUUGCUACUUUGGGAAGUGACUAUGGAAGAGCUAGAGUUAGCUCUUUCAACACAGAUAAAUCAACAGUGAUGCUGAGAAAGUUGUGGACACUACAUAUGAUAUACCAUUUAUACAAAGUUAAAUGUACUGUGUAUCUGUGGGCACAUUGUUUAAACUUAUUUGUGUUUCACUUUUUCUGUAAAAUGAGAUAGUAGUGCCAACCUCACAGGGUGAUGGGGGGAGGGGGACAGUUAAUGAAUUAAUGCAUGUAAAGUGCUUCAGGUAGUGGCUGGCAUGUAAGCAUUGUUGGCAUACAGUAAACAGUGUUAUUGUUUUAUGCAAUAAUAUAUUUCCUGUGGAUUCAAAUUAUAUGAAGUGAAGAGUGAAGUCAUGUGUUGGAAUGAUAUGUGAAAGCCGUGCUCUGCCUUUCCAGAGCAGAAGUUGCUGAUGGAAUCAGGGAGGGUACAUGCAGGCUUCAGUUGUGUUUUAUUUCUUUUAAAAGGUUGAUGUAGAUGGGGUCAGCAUGUGGAUUUAAUGGGAUCUGUGGUUGGUUCUUUUUUAACUGAUUGCUUAAAAUAUCUCAAAAUAAAAAUAUUUUUAAGCAUGA